GGGUUUUCCUGCGGCGGCGGCAGAGCGCGAAGUAUCGCUAACGCGGUCAUGUUGCCCACCGGUUGCUCGCGCCGGCUGGUGGCCGAGCUGCAGAACGCCCUGGACUCCUGCGCCGAGCGACAGCGGCAGCUGGAGCGGAGCCUGCGCGUUGCCCGGCGGCUGCUGCAGGCCUGGGAACCAAAGGAGACCCCGGCUCCGGAGCCAACCCCAAGGCCAGAAACGAAUGAAGAAGACCAAUUUUCAGCAUGCACGCCCAGCCCCCAGGACCUCCAGGAACUGGAGCUACUGACCCAGGCAUUGGAGAAGGCUGCGAGGGUGCGAAAAGGCAUCUCAAAGGCUGGAGGAGACAAGGCCCCCAGCCUGAAGUCUGCGUCCAUCGCCGCCUCCCCUCCUUCCAGAAUCUCUGCCCCAGCACAGGCCUCACGCAGGGCUGGCAGCCAUGCAUCACAGACAAAACCCCCCAAGGGCAUCCGCCAAACCAGGGUCCCUGCCAAGAACCUCCCUGAGCAGAGGCUUCUGUCUGUGGCGGAUGCAACCUAUAAGAGGCGAGGGGCCCAAGCCGUCAAGCCUGAACCAGGCCUCAGGGACCAACAAAUGGUGCCAUCAGCUGCUGCUCAGGCCCCAGAAGCUUUUAUGCUCAAGGAUAAGGGGGUCUUGCUGCAGCUGCCCGUGGCCUUCAGGAAAGCGGCUUCUCAGAAUUCCCGCCUGUGGGCCCAGCUCAGCUCUGCACAGACCAGCGACUCUGCGGAUGCUGCGGCCACCGCCAAAGCCCAAUUCCUCCAGAAAAUGCAGACGGCCUCAGGCUGGCCCAGCGCCGCGGAGGUGGGGCGCCUGCAGAAAGCCUGCUCGCUGCUAAGACUUCGAAUGGAGGAAGAGCUCAUGGCAGACCCUGAGGACUGGGCACAGGAGCACCGCUGCCUGCUCACCCUGCAGGGGCUGCAGGCCAUGGUCGGGCAGUGUCUGCACAGGCUGCGGGAGCUGCACCCAGCAGCGGGGGAGCAGCUGCUGAGGCCGUGGCCUGAGGGGAGACUCCCCAGGGCCUCAUCGCCCUGUGGAGGAGGAGCAGACCCCGUCUGGAGCCCCCAGUUGCUUCUCUACUCCAGUCCCCAGGAGCUGCAGACCCUGGCAGCCCUCAGGCUGCGGGUGGCCAUGCUGGACCAGCAGAUCCACCUAGAAAAGGUCCUGUUGGCCGAACUCCUCCCCGCGGUGAGCAAGCCGGAGGUGCUGGGGCCCCGUUGGCCAGCGCUGUGCCGGGCUGUGCACAGCCUGCUCUGUGAGGGAGGCAAACACUUCCUCACCAUCCUGCGGGAAGAUGCGCCUGCUGACUGAGCCCCUGCCAUGGCCGGGCCCGCCGCCCGGUGCCCAGUGCCCAGCUCCAUUCUGCCCCAGCCCGGCUGCCUGGGGGGCCCCCUUCCCUGGGCAGAGUUCAGGGAGCAGGGAUGGGGUUUUCACUGCGCUGGUGAGGGCCUCAGAGGCCUGUGCCACCUUGGGAGCCAGCUUUCCAAGGGGGGCAGGGACGGCCCCUUGGCUCUUCCUGAGGAACUCGGGGCCUGUCUCUCCGCUGCUGGGCCUGCUGGUCAGUCGGGCUCGGCUCAGCUUGGCCUGGCCCUCCACGGGCUUGGGAGACCAGAGGCGGGCAGGAGCGUCUUUCAGCUGCCUCUGUUUUCUCUUGCUUCUGUGGUCAGGUAUGUGACAUUAAGGCUACUUCAGAAGUAUAUGUAUUUAAAUCCUACCAAGAUAGAA